AUGCUAUUCGACGAUGAAUGGGUCAAAGCGGAACCAAUUGUGAACGCACUUCUUCAUCAAAAGUCUGUGACACCGGCGGAAUGGCAAGAUCUCUUCUUCUACGUGUACAAAAUCACUUCUUGGGUCGAAGAUGGACCUCAACGGUUACGGGAUAUUCUCACACGUGAAAUAAACGGAUACGUUCAGGAAGCAAGUGAAAAAAUUAGAAAAUUGAAAUCGGAUGAGAGUCUUCUGAAUGGAUACAUCAAAGAAUGGAAUCGAUUCUAUCGGCAAUCCAGUAUUUUGCCGCUUCCAUUCAAGAAACUCGACGAUAACAGAGUAAAAAGUUCAGAACAACAUUUUGAACCAAUUCGAGUAGUGAUGCUUGACAAAUGGAAUGAAGUCAUAUUCUCAAAAAUCUCCGACAGUUUACUGAUUGAAGCACUUCGUCUUGUCAAAGAGGAACGGGAUGGAAAUAUUGUUAAUGCCGAUAACGUCAUCGGAAUUCGCGAGAGUUUCGUUGGAUUGAACAACCAAUUCGGGGAGGAGCUCCUCGUGUACCAAAAAACAUUUGAGAAACAAUUCAUCGAGCAGACCUCAGAAUAUUACAGCAAAAUCUGCGGAAAACUGCUUAGCGAGCUCGGAGUGCUCGAAUAUAUGGUAUACGCUGACAAAAAGUUGGAUGAAGAACAACAGAGAGCACAGAAAUAUCUCGAAAUGAGCUCUCCAUCAUCGAUUCGUCACAUGGAAGCAGCGGUAAUCGCAUUGGUUGAAAACUUUGAAGAUACCAUUCUCGCCGAAUGCUCAAGACUCAUCGCUGAAAGAGAUGUUGAACGAUUACAGCGUCUUUAUCGCUUGAUUCGUCGCACCCGUACCGGAAUCGACACUGUUCUCAAAUGUAUCGAUGCUCAUAUCCGAACAGAAGGACUGAAUGACAUGAAGAACAAUGCAGAUAGUCUCGCAACGGACCCUGAAAAAUACGUUCAACAGCUUCUCAUAAUGUUCGACAAGUUCUCCGCAUUAGUUCGUGAAGGGUUCUGCGACGACGCGCGUCUUCUUACUGCUCGUGAUAAAGCUUUCCGAGCGGUUGUCAAUGAUUCGUCGAUAUUCAAAACCGAAAUGAUGAAUAAGAAAGGUCGUUCAUUUGCCGUUGAGUCAAAAUGCGCCGAGUUGCUUGCAAAUUAUUGUGAUUUGCUUCUGAGAAAGACGCAAUUGAGCAAGAAGUUGACAUCGGAGGAGAUUGAUGAGAAGCUUAAUCAAGUGCUUCUCGUAUUAAAAUAUGUCGAGAACAAGGACGUUUUCAUGCGAUUCCACCGAGCUCAUCUCUCUCGUCGCUUGAUUCUCGAAAUGAGCGCCGAUCAGGAGAAAGAAGAAAUGAUGGUGACAAAACUGAGAGAAUGCGGAAUGCCGUCAGACGCGGUGAACAAAUUGUCGAGAAUGUUGCAGGAUAUUGAGCUGAAUAAGGAUAUGAAUGCAUCGUUCAAGAAAGCGCUGACGGGAACCAAUAAUAACAAAUCUGUCGCUGAUUCAAUAAAUCUGAAAGUACUCAAUGGUGGAGCUUGGGGACGCGGUGGCUCCGAAAAGAUUCGAUUCUCACUUCCGAGAGAACUUGAAGAUUUUGUUCCCGAGAUGGAAGCUUUCUACAAAAAACAACACAAUGGCCGCAAGCUUUGUUGGAUGCAUCACUGGAGCAGUGGAACGAUGGUAUUCGGAACUGGAAGUGGUGGCCGUUUCGAUCUGGAAAUCACUACAUUCCAAAUGGCAGUUCUUUUCUGUUUCAAUGAUAGAGCUAAUGAUAAAAUCUCGUUGGAAACUCUUCGAUUAGCAACAGAGUUGCCUGAUGCAGAACUUAUGCGAACUUUAUUGUCUCUCGUCGCCUACCCAAAAAUGCGUUCUCAAAUUCUCCUUUGCGAUGUGCCGUCUCAAAAUAUCACGUUCCGAGACUUCACUGAUUCAACCAAUUUCUAUAUCAAUCACAACUUUCAUUUGAUUAAAAAUGGAAAGCCACAACAACGUGGAAAAGUGAAUCUGAUCGGACGUCUUCAAUUAUCAUUGGAAGCAAAUGCUGAAAAAGAACACGAAAGUAUUGUUGCACUGAGAGAAUAUCGUGUACAAGAGGGAAUUGUGAAGAUUUUGAAGACAAGAAAAACGACGACUCUCGCUCAGUUAACAAUGGAGUUGGUAGAGAUUUUGAAGCCGUUGUUCAUUCCGAAUCGGAAAAUUAUCAAAGAACAAAUCGAUUGGCUCAUUGAGAAUCAAUACAUGGAGCGUCGUCCAGAUGAUAUAAACACUUUUGUCUACCUCGCCUAA